GAAGGGGAAGCGUAGUGAAGGGGAGGGGAGGGGGAAAUGGAGUAGUGGAAGACAGCUGUCGGUGCCGGUGUUUUAAAUUUUUCGCUCCGAAAUGAAACUGAAUGAAAAUACCUGUAUUCUUGGAAAGGAUGUCGUUUUAAUUCCGUACCAAGGACAACACGUUCCAAAAUAUCACAAUUGGAUGAAGUCAGAAGAACUUCAACACCUUACAGGCUCAGAGCCACUUUCUCUGGAAGAAGAGUAUGAAAUGCAAAAAAGCUGGCAUGUAGAUGCAAACAAAUGUACAUUUAUUGUCUUAGAGAAGAGAAUAUUUGAGGAAACUGGUGAUGAAAUAGAAGCAAUGAUAGGAGAUACUAAUUUGUUUUUGUCAGAUGAAAUACAGUGCCAAGCGGAAGCAGAAAUAAUGAUAGCAGAGCAAAGUGCUCGAGGAAAACGGAGAGGCUGGGAAGCAAUGAUGAUUAUGCUUAGAUAUGGUUUGGAAUGCAUCAACAUUAAUAAGUAUGAAGUUAAAAUAAAACUCGACAACAAAGCUAGUAUAAAAAUGUUUUCAAAAAUAGGAUUUUUAGAGUAUUACUAUUUUUGUUGCAGAUCAGUCGAAGUGAAGUAUUUGGAGAGUGUACAAUGCAGUUAACAAAGAAUGAUGAUUGGGUUGAAUGGCUCCGGAAGGAGACAACUAAUUACAGAAUAGUUGACUAUAAUAAAGUGAACAGCGUGCAAUAGAUCAAUAAAUCUCCUAUAUUUGUAUUUUAAAAACAUGAGUAUAGUGCAAUAUAAUUUAAAAAGCAUUUCAAAGUCAAAGAGAAUUUGUGUUACAAUAGUUUUACAGGUAAAAGUAUAAAGAUUUAGUCUGAAAAGCAAAAUGUAACAGUCAUAUAAUAAAAUAAAUUACAGCAUGCAAUAAUUUUCA